UUUGGAAGAGAUUGUUUACAUAUAUCAUUGUAUCUUGUACAAUGUGCUUUAAAGAAUUGUGUGUUUGUUUUGCAUCACAGGGUUACAUGAUGUUAAACCAGUGUGAAAGCAACACCUGCACCACCCAUCACAACUUUACCAUACAGCAGCUCUCACAUUAAAAACCAGCAUCGUUCUCACACAAACGCUCACUCACUGUACAGACUGCAGAGAAACUUGAGUACGACUACAGGGCAGCAUGUCUAAUAUCGCAAAAGUUCUUUCUAGGAGGCAGGACAGAGCAGAAGGAGUGGGAACAAACAAGAAGUCGAUUCCCUUCAACAAGCAGAACUACCAGAGCCUGAAGCAGGAGUGUCUGGCGAAAAAAACCCUGUUCUGUGACCCGACCUUCCCUGCUGAACCCAACUCUCUAGGAUACGAUGAACUCGGAGAGCAGUCCUCCAAGACCAGAGGAGUGCAGUGGAAGAGACCUAAGGAGCUCUACUCAAAUCCUCAGUUCAUUGUGGACGGCGCUACGCGGACAGACAUCUGCCAAGGAGAUUUAGGUGACUGUUGGUUGCUGGCGGCUAUUGCAUCUUUGACUCUGGAAAAUGAGUUUCUGGAACGUGUAGUUCCACAUGGACAGAGUUUUACAGAGAACUAUGCCGGCAUCUUUCACUUUCAGUUCUGGCAGUUUGGUGAAUGGGUGGAUGUGGUCAUUGAUGACCGGCUGCCCACCAGAGAUGGGAAGCUGCUGUUUGUUCAUUCAGCCGAGGGCUCUGAGUUCUGGAGUGCCCUGUUGGAAAAGGCCUAUGCAAAGCUAAACAGCUCAUAUGAAGCUCUGACGGGAGGCCGGGCCACUGAGGGUUUUGAGGAUUUCACUGGAGGCAUCGCUGAGAGCUAUGAGCUGAGCAAAGCUCCUCCACACUUGUUUAAGCUCAUGCAGAAAGCACUGACGCUGAGAUCAUUAAUGGCCUGCUCCAUUUCUUCCAGUUCGCAGGACACUGAGACGAAGACGAGUCUGAAGCUGGUGAAGCGUCAUGCCUACUCCGUCACAGGCGCAAAGGAGGUUCAUUCUUACGGCCGUCUGGUUCAGCUGGUGCGUUUCAGGAACCCGUGGGGUCGGGUGGAGUGGAUAGGCCCUUGGAGUGACAAUUCCGAAGAGUGGAAUAGCGUCCAACCUGAGGAGAAAGCUAAACUGGUUUAUUCAGCUGAAGAUGGAGAGUUCUGGAUGGCGUAUUCAGACUUCAUACAGCAGUUCUCGAGGUUGGACAUCUGUAAUCAGACUCCAGACGCCCUUUCAAACGCCACUGUGAGCCGCUGGAACUACAGCCAGUUUGAAGGUGACUGGAGGGUGGGAUCCACCGCAGGGGGCUGCAGCAAUAAUACAGCUACAUUCUGCUCAAACCCUCAGUUUGUAAUCAAGCUGGAGGAGGAAGAUGAUGAUCCUUACGAUGGCGAGGAUGGCUGCACGAUCCUAGUGGGUCUGAUGCAGAAAGAUUUUCGUAAAGACAAGCGGAUUGGACGAGAACCGAACGCCAUUGGCUUUACUAUCUACAAGGUUCCAGAUAAGUUAAAGGGUUGCAAUAACGUUCAUCUUGGUCCUGAUGUAUUGCUGCAUCAGCGGUAUACUGCACGGAGCAACCCCUUCACCUACAAGCGAGAGGUGAUUGAGCGCUUCAAACUGCCUCCGGGUGAAUACGUCAUCAUCCCUUCCACUUACGAGCCGCAUUGUAACGGAAGAUUCAUACUGCGCGUGUUCACAGAGAAAGAGGCUGCUGCCAGCCCGAUGGAUGUGGAGAUCAGUGCAGAUGUGGAAAAGCAAUACAUAUCUGAUAGUGAUGUGGGUCCACAUUUUAAACAACUUUUCAUUCAGUUUGCUGGAAAUGACUCAGAGGUGUCUGUGUUUGAACUAAAGCAGAUCCUGGACAGUGUUAUCUCCAAACGAACUGAUGUGAAGACCGAUGGAUUUAGUAUGGAAACCUGUCGCCACAUCAUCAGUCUGUUAGAUAGAAAUGGGAGCGGCAAACUCGGCUGUGUGAAGUUUCACAUACUGUGGAUAAAGAUCCAGAAAUACUUGGAGGUUUUUAAGAAACAUGAUAAAGACAACUCAGGCACUAUGAGCUCCCAUGAGAUGAGAGAUGCGGUCAAAGAAGAAGGGUUCCAGCUGAACAAUGACGUUCUUCAGGUGAUAAUCUCACGAUAUGCCAAUCAGCAGUACACCAUUGACUUUGAUUCCUUCGUUGGCUGCCUGAUUCGCCUGGAAAUGCUCUUCAAAAUGUUUAAAGCGUUUAAUAAGAAGAACACCGGGAAAAUUGAGCUGGAUAUCCUGCAGUGGCUCUGCUUGGCCCUCGGUUGAAAAUCCACUCACCAUAACUGCAUCAGAAGUCUGUUCAUUUUCUGCAGCUGAACUGAAGAGGAUGCAGCAUACCUGGAAUACCCAAGAGUGAAAUCAACCAAGAACGGGUAUUAUCCAAACUGGGAAUUGCUUAAAAAUUUUAAUUUGUUGAUAUUGCUUAUCUGCUGAUAAAUUGGCUAUAAUGAAGAUGACUUAAUCAUGUUUCAUAUUUGCAAAAUUUUUAUUAUUUUAUGUCUAAAAUUACCGCUACCAUAGUUUCCAUCAAAAUAGCAUAGUACAUUGUUUCCACUGUAAAAAUCAUGAAUUAAUAUAUUGAAUCAUAACCGCCAUUGGAGUGUACUAUAUUGGAGGGUGUAAAUUCAAGGCUUCAUUAAUCUAAAUUCCUCUAAGACCAGUUUCAUGCAAAAAUUCAUUAAUACCUUUACAACUUCAAUCUGAGGAUUAUUUAUUCAUAAAAUACCUUUAAUAUCCCAUUUCCUUGCUAAUUUGAUGAUGCAUUAUUAAAAAAUUUUCCCUCUCUCCUUUAUAUUUCCUACAGUUUAGUAGAACAUUCUCUAAAUUUUCUUUGCAUUUACAAACCUCACAUUUAUCAGUGUUCACUUUACUCAUAAGAAAUCAUGUAUUAAGUCUUGUGUGUCCUAACCAUAGUCUUGCAUACCUGAUUUCUUCUCUUCUGUUUUUACAAUUAAUAGUUUUAAAUGUAAUUAGUUUUUGAAUACUGUUAUAUUUUCCAAAUCUUUUGUCAGUGAUUAUCUAUAUUUUGAUUUUUAUAAGGGAAAUCUCUAUUUUGUCAUUAUGAUUUAAUGCUUUUUCACUAAUUUGUCAGCUAGUAUGUGCUGGUAUCCAACAGAAUCGCACAUCUAUUCGUAAUUUUUCAAAGUUUAGCAGUGCUGUGUAGAUUUCUAUUAGAAUGUCAUCUCUAGCGGUUUAUUAAUACUCUGUAUGCUGUUUAAUCUGAAUAAAAUACAACUCUGUCUGGUUUGA